AUGUCAUUUAGCUUAUAUCAGCUGUGCAUCACAUACUGGUUAGCAUGUACUGUGGUCAUUUGCAUUCUUGGAAUAUUUGCUCUACGAAAGGUCAGAAAGUCAGAAACAAUUAUGGGUCUUGUUUAUUUCGGCAAAUUUAGAAAUGAUCACAAUUUUAAGACUUGGUUAAGAAUUAUCGAAAUGCCAAAAAGGUUAUUUUGGAUUUUUUAUUUAAUUGCUUCCAUUGCUGUUCUGUUUGCUCUUAUUGAUAUUGUUAUUAAUAGCAAGUUACAAUACAAUGAUAAUCUUAUUUUUAACUUAAUGGGUCUUUUACUUUAUCUAACUCACGUUAUACGUCGCUUAUACGAGUGCUUAUACGUAUCGAUCUUUUCUGAUUCCAGCAUGAAUAUUUUACAUUUCCUUUUAGGAAUCACUUUUUAUCCAUUUUGUGUUUGCUCACAGCUUGCAUCGUUUACAUUGCUAAAUAAUAAAACAGAAAUAAAUAUUUUAACAAUAUUAUUUUAUACAGCAUUACCUAUUGCUAUAUUUAUUGUUCAAAUUAAACAACAUCAUUGCUUUGUUCUACUUGCUCAACUUCGCUUGAAUAGCGGUGUAAAUGCAAAUACAUAUGCAAUACCGAAUGGUGGCCUUUUUGAACAUUGCUUGUCACCUCAUUAUCUCCUUGAAAUUAUACUUUAUUUCUUAUUUGCAUUAAUUUAUCAUUUGUCAACACCAAUGCUACUAUGUUUUCUGUUUGUUACUAUAAAUCAAACUAUUGCUGCUUUAUUAAAUCAAAAUUGGUAUAAAAGGCAUUUUCAUAAAUUUUUUAAUAAUCAAAAAGCUCUUAUACCAUAUAUUCUAUGA